AAAGCAGCAGUGUGACCAGAGCUCCGUUAAAUUCACAAAUAAUUGCAAUUCGCAAUAGCACAGCCAAAACCGAAGAUUACAUACAAUUUACAAUGGCCGACGAGAGCAUCACGCGAAUGAACCUGGCGGCCAUCAAGAAGAUCGACCCGUACGCCAAGGAGAUCGUGGACUCGUCCUCGCACGUCGCCUUCUACACGUUUAACUCGGCGCAGAACGAGUGGGAAAAGACUGAUGUGGAGGGAGCCUUCUUCAUAUACCACCGCAACGCGGAGCCCUUUCACAGCAUCUUCAUCAACAACCGACUGAACACGACGUCCUUCGUGGAGCCCAUCACCGGCAGCCUGGAGCUGCAGUCGCAGCCGCCGUUCCUGCUCUACCGCAACGAGCGUUCCCGCAUCCGGGGCUUCUGGUUCUACAACAGCGAGGAGUGCGACCGCAUCAGCGGCUUGGUGAACGGACUGCUCAAGUCGAAGGAUCAGGGAACAAAUGGCCAGGUCCAGCGAAACGCCACCCACGCGCCCCAGCAGCCAAAGCAGGACAGCAACCAGCCGGCCAGCAUAUUCAACAUGCUGACCAAGGCCCAGAAGGACUACAAUGCCCAGGUGAGCGGCGGGCAGCCGAAGACGCCGUCGGCGGAGAACGUAACGGCCGGCAAUGUGUUGAAGUUCUUCGAAUCGGCCAAGCAGGCCACGGCAGAGUCGUUGUUCCACCGCGUCCAGCCACUCUCCGUGGACCAGCUGGAGAAACAGCAGCGGGCAGCCACGCCUGGCGAGGAUUUGUUGCCCCCGGCGGGCAGGGACAACCAAGAGAGCCGGCUGUCGCCCUUCCAGAAGACCCAGCAGCUGAACAUCCAGCUACUAAGCGACCUGAAGAUAGGUAAGAGCUACACCACAGCUCAAUCUCCGACAGGUGCGCCUUCCUCGUCGGCUCUGAUGGCCAACGACGAUGCCGGCAAGUGCUUACGAAGACUUCUGGCUGGCGACAAGCCAGGGCCGGCCCUGAUGCCGCCCACCAUGUUCGACGCGCCCAACAACGGCAAUCCGGAGCCACAGCAGCCUCUGCUUAACUCGACGCAGUUCGUCCAGGCCUUCACGUACCUUAUCCAGAACGAUAAGGAGUUCGCCAACAAGCUGCACAAGGCCUAUCUGAACGGCUGUUCCAAUCUGCUGCUGGACUCCAGCCCUACAUAUCAAUAAACAGAAUUAUUCAACAUUUCCGAAA